CUGAUGUUUCACUUGUGUGUGUAUUCUCUGUGAUCAGAGUGUCAAAAACCGAGAAAGUGAAGUGGAUUGAAAACUACCCUUUAAAACUAAUUUAAAUUCAUAUUUCUUCAAUUAUUCUGUUAAUAAUACUGAGAAAAACAUUGAUUCAUCUUAUUAAAAUUAUUUUACUGUACAAGAGUUGUGCUUUAUCUCAGUGUUGUUGAUUUAAGUGAUUGUGAAAGAAAAGGUUAUGUUGUGAUUGAUUAUUUUGUGACUAAUAAAUUACAUAAAACUCUUGUGAAAUAGUUAUGUUUCAUCAAAUUGAGUAAUGCAUUUUAAUUUUGCUACUUUGAAAUAUUAGUAACAUCUUCUUAACCUUUUGUUUUGUUGUUGAUAAGCACAUCUAGGUCUAUUUUACUUGAAUAUACAACAACACAAUGGAUUACGAAGAAGAAAGUGAAAGGCGUCUUACAAAUGAUGACUUCAGGAAGUUGUUGAUGACUCCUAGGUCUUCUAUCCCAGCAGCUAUUCCGUCUUCAGUUCCUCAGACACCAGGCACUCAUGACACAGUCACUAGUCACCCAGAAGAAGAUGACAGGGCUGAAGCUCGUCGUAAAAAGAAGAGCUUUUACGCCAAACUCAAAAAACAGGAAGAAUGCAAAAUGGCAGAACUAGCUGAGAAGUAUAGGGAUCGAGCUAAAGAAAGACGCGAGGGUACAAACCAAGAUUACCAAGCUGAGGACCCACUAGCUUCUGCUAGUGGAUAUAGAGCUGUUGCACCCGAUGUCAAGUCAGGUCUGGAUGCUGCCGAAAGAAGACGUCAAAUGAUUCAAGAGUCAAAAUUUUUGGGAGGUGACAUGGAACAUACUCACUUGGUGAAAGGUUUGGAUUAUGCUCUUUUACAGAAAGUCAGAAGUGAGAUACAAGUAAAAGAACAAGAACAGGAAGAAGAAAUGGAGAAACUUGUUUCAAAACCCAAAAAAGAGAAAAAGAAAGAAGAAGAGGAAAUGCAAUUUAAAACCAGGCUUGGAAGAAAUGUUUACAGAGUAGCUUUGGGUAACUUUGAAGUUGAAAGAAAUCCUAUGUUUGCUCCAGGCCGCAUGGCUUAUGUUGUUGAUCUACAGGAAGAGAUGAUUGAUAGCGACAUACCCACAACGUUGAUCAGGAGUAAAGCCGAUGUUCCUAGCUUUGAAACCACUCCCACAUUAACAACCAAUGACAUAGUCAUCAACAAAUUAGCUCAAAUUCUGUCGUAUCUGAGACAAGGUCCAAGACAGUCAAAGAAAUCCAAAAGGAAGGAUAAAGCACAUGUGGAAGAACCAAUCUACCCGGAUCUCACCGAUUACGUGCCGUCCACCGAGAAACGUUCCGAGUCAAAGAAGAAGACGUCCAAGUACUUUGCGAGCGACGAGCGGGAGGAGAAGGCAGCGGCCACUGCGGCUCCGGCCGCGCCCACUUUUGCUGACAUCGACAAGAAGAAGGCGGCCGAGUCGAAGAAGGACACCAAGGCGGUCGGCAUCCUCUCCCGGCUGGCUGCCGAGCCCACCGGCUAUGCUGAGUGUUAUCCAGGUCAGGACGAGAUGCAGGACGCUAUUGACGAUUCUGACGAUGAGGUUGACUACACGAAAAUGGACCUAGGCAACAAGAAGGGGCCGGUCGGUAGAUGGGACUUCGACACUCAGGAGGAGUACAGCCAGUACAUGAACACCAAGGAGGCGCUGCCCAAGGCCGCCUUCCAGUACGGCGUCAAAAUGGCCGACGGCCGACGCACGCGCAAGUACAACAAGGAGAAGAACGAGCGCGCCGAGCUGGAUCGCGAGUGGAACAAGAUACAGAACAUCAUUCAGAAGCGCAAAGCUCCCGAAAAGGACGGAUCUUCUCACUUCAAGAUGCCCAAGUAUUAAUCAUCGACGCUAUAUUUUUCCAAUAAACGUAUGUACAUUUUUA